AUGGUCUCAUUCUUGAAACAUUUGCGAAUUGAUCACGGCGAUUUACCGCACUGCGACCGAACUCCACCAAUGACACCAAAAACACCAAUGAGCCCUUUGGCUUCACCAUUUGUUCUCAAUGCAACUUCAUUCUGUUUCAGAAAAGGUUAGUUUAUCCAAAGCUUCUAGAAAGUUUUAUGAAAAUAAUUCGGAAAUUUCAGGUCCAGCAAGAUCGGUUGUUUAUCAACCAAACGGACAUCCGAAACAAGUUGUAAUUGACGGCGAAAUUUGGCCACCAAUUUUCAAACCCAAAAAUGUUCGAACUGCCAAAAUGAUGCAAAUCAAUGAGAACGAUGUGGUUAUCGCAACUUAUCCAAAAUGCGGUACCACAUGGCUUCAACACAUAACAUCUCAACUAAUUAAGGGUGUUGAUUAUAAAACUGGAAAGGGUAAUGGUAAGUUAUAUGACAUUUUCGAUGAAAUUAUCGAGAUCAAACUUUAUUUCUUCUUUUUUUCAGAGCUUUGUUUACAAAGUCCGAUGAUUGAAAGAAUGGGAGCACAGUUUGCGAAUAGCAUUCAAGGACCUAGAGUUUUGAAAACUCAUUUCAAUCAUGUCAAUAUUCCAAGAAGUCAAACAGCAAAAUAUAUUUAUUGUGUUCGAAACCCAAAAGAUUGCUUGACCAGUUACUUCCAUCAUAAUCGAAACUUCAAAAUCUACAACUGGGAACAUGGAACUUGGGAUGUUUUUGUUGAUCUUUUUGCAUCUGGCACAACUCGCUUUUGGAGAUUAUUUUGAUCAUUUGCUUUCUUGGAUUUCACACAUCGAUGAUGAAAAUGUUCUUUUCUUGAAAUACGAAGACAUGGUUGAAGAUCUUGAAGGAUCAAUUUUGAAAAUCGGACAAUUCCUUGGCGGCGAUGCAGCAAUGCGUGUUCAGAACUAUAACAGUCUUCGUGAAAUCGUUGAGAACAGCACAAUUGAUGCAAUGAAGAAAGAUCAGAAGCGUUGGUUCCCGGAAAAUAUUUUACACAAAGCGGAAUUCAUUCGAAAAGGAGGAUCUCGCGAUUGGAAAAAUCAUUUCACUCGCGAACAAAGUGAUCGAAUCGACUCAAUUUUCCAACAAAAAUUCGCUGGAACUGUUGCUGAAAAUUGGUGGAAAUAUGAGAUGGCUUGGGAUGACAAAGUCAGCUCGAUGGACAAUCUUUCGAUGUAUAGCAGUGGAGAAGGUCGCGAGUUAUUCCAACUUCCUCCACUCUCGCAACGUCGUUACAGUCGAGCAUCUUUGCUUUCGUCCGGUUAUGGUAGUGUAUGGAGUUUGGCUUCGGUUGCAGCAGCAAAAAAUGACUAA